AUGCUCGACCUUGCCGACUUUAUCACUGACCGCGGUGGAGAUCCAAAUAAGAUCAAGGAAAGCCAAAGGAAGAGAUCUGCCCCUGAAGCCGCGGUUGAUGAGGUUAUUUCCUUCUAUGAGGAAGCUCGUAGGGCACGGUAUGAGGUUUCUCAGAUUAACUCCAAGCUCAAUGCCCUCCUCAAGGAGAUUGGUAAAAAGAAGAAGAACAAGGAAGAUGCGAGCAGCCUUCUAGAGGAGAAAGCAGCACUUGAGAGCCAGCGGAAAGAGGCCGAGGGGCUAGCUGUGCAGAAGGAGGAUCUUAGGGAUAAGAAGAUUCGGACAAUCGGCAAUUACGUACAUGAGUCAGUUCCCGUGAGCAACAACGAGGAUGACAAUACUGUUAUCAGGACGUGGUCUCCAGAUCACUUCGUCCCUACGAAGCCCAAUUGCCUCUCGCAUCACGAGGUCCUCACCCGACUUGAUGGCUACGACCCAGAGCGUGGAGUCAAGAUUGUUGGCCAUCGUGGAUACUGCCUCACCGGCUACGGGCUUUUCUUGAACCUUGCGCUUGUGAAUUACGGGUUGGAAUUUUUAUGGAAACGUGGAUACACGCCAAACCAGCCACCUCAUUUCAUGCUUAAGGAGAUGAUGGCCAAGACUGCUCAACUCGAACAGUUCGACGAGGAGCUUUAUAAGGUCACGGAGAGCGAGGACAAGACUACGGACAAAUACUUGAUUGCCACUUCGGAGCAGCCCCUGUCCGCAUUACAUGAUAGUGAAUGGCUCCAGGACAAGGAUCUUCCGAUCAGAUAUGCCGGAUACAGCACCUGUUACCGCAAGGAAGCCGGCGCUCACGGAAAGGAUGCUUGGGGAAUUUUUCGUGUCCACCAAUUUGAGAAGAUUGAACAAUUCGUCCUUACCAAACCCGAGGAUUCCUGGAAGGCUUUUGACGAAAUGAUCGCGACCUCCGAGGAGUUUUACAAGUCGCUUGGACUCCCCUAUCAGAUUGUCUCAAUUGUUUCUGGUGCUUUGAACAAUGCCGCAGCCAAAAAGUUCGACCUCGAAGCAUGGUUUCCCUUCCAACAGGAAUACAAGGAGCUGGUUUCUUGUUCCAAUUGCACUGACUACCAAGCGCGAGCACUGGGAAUUCGAUAUGGACCGAAGAAGACCACUGACGUUAAGAAGUCAUAUGUCCAUGCACUGAAUGCUACGUUGUGUGCUACAGAGAGGACUCUGUGUUGCGUACUUGAGAAUUACCAGACAGACAAUGGUUUUGUUGUCCCUGAGCCACUAAGGAAAUAUAUUCCUGGUGCUCCGGAAUUCCUGCCAUACACCAAAGACCUUCCGAAAGACAGCACUUCAACUAAAACCCGGUCUAAGCCUACCGCCAAACCCGUGAGCGGUACAGAUGAAGCAUCCAAAAAGCUACAGGACAUGCAGCUAUGA